CAGAGAGUGAUGAAACUUGGAACCAGCUGAACCUCCUCUUUCUUGUCUCUCAAAAAUCUCUCUAUCUUUUCUUCCAAGUUUUUUUCCAUUUCAGCAGUCAUCAUAUAUACUUUAUCCCCUUCCUCUCUCCCCUCUUCCUCUAUUCAAUACAGAAGAGGAAGAAAUAUGGAGAGAGCAAUUUUACUCAGAACAUUAUCAUGUUCUUCUUCAAUUAGUGGCUCCAGACUUUUCUUCUUUCGUUCAUUCCAAAAUCUUACAAGAAGAAGAAAUCCCUCUUCUACAAUAUUUUCUCAUAAACAACAACAAAAUGGGUUCUUUUCAAAGACCAGAAAUUCAUCUUCUUCUUCUUCUUCUUCAAAUAGAUGGAUUUCAACUGCAUCUUCUCCUUCUUUAAUAUCACCACUGCAAAGAAGAAAAUUUUCUUCGUUUUCUCCGUUAGCUGCUGUGCCCCAGAAUGUUUCUUCAUCAGGAUUAGUUCAGAAUGAUGUAGCUGAGAAACUCGGUUUUGAGGUAGUAUCUGAACAAGAAAUUGAUGAGUGCAAAUCAAAAGCUGUACUUUACAAGCAUAAAAAAACUGGAGCUGAAAUCAUGUCUGUAGCUAAUGAUGAUGAGAAUAAGGUUUUCGGCAUCGUUUUUCGUACUCCCCCUAAGGAUUCAACUGGAAUUCCACACAUACUUGAACAUAGCGUGUUAUGUGGGUCGAGGAAGUACCCAUUGAAGGAACCAUUUGUUGAGCUGUUAAAAGGGAGUUUACAUACCUUCUUGAAUGCGUUCACAUAUCCCGAUAGGACUUGUUAUCCAGUUGCUUCUACAAAUUCUAAGGAUUUUUACAAUUUGGUCGAUGUAUACCUUGAUGCUGUUUUUUUCCCCAAAUGUGUGGAGGAUUUUCAAACAUUUCAACAAGAGGGUUGGCAUUAUGAGCUCAAUGAUCCUUCUGAAGACAUAUCUUUUAAAGGUGUUGUUUUUAAUGAGAUGAAAGGAGUGUACUCGCAGCCUGAUAACAUAAUGGGUCGUGCUUCUCAACAGGCUAUGUUUCCUGAUACUACUUAUGGUGUGGAUAGCGGUGGUGAUCCACAAGUUAUACCCAAAUUAACAUAUGAAGAAUUCAAGGAUUUUCACCGUAAGUUUUACCAUCCCAGCAAUGCUAGGAUUUGGUUUUAUGGAGACGAUGAUCCAACUGAGCGACUACGUAUCCUAAGUGAAUACCUCGAUUUAUUUGAGUCAAAUUCAGCUUCCAAUGAAUCCAAAGUUCAACUGCAAUCACUGUUCUCGAAACCAGUGAGGAUUGUUGAAAAAUAUCCUGCAAGCGAAGGUUCUGAUUUGAAAAAGAAACACAUGGUAUGCCUUAACUGGUUGCUAUCUGAGAAGCCCUUGGACUUGGAAACUGAACUUACCCUUGGAUUUUUGGAUCAUCUUUUGUUGGGAACACCUGGUGCUCCUUUAAGAAGAAUCCUACUAGAAAGUGGUUUAGGUGAGGCUAUUGUUGGUGGUGGAAUUGAAGAUGAGCUCCUUCAGCCCCAGUUUAGCAUAGGACUGAAAGGUGUCUCUGAUGAUGACAUUCAGAAGGUUGAAGAGUUGGUCAUGAGUACUCUUAAGAAAUUAGCCGAGGAAGGUUUUGAUGCGGAAGCCGUGGAAGCUUCGAUGAAUACGAUAGAAUUUUCAAUGAGGGAAAACAACACUGGAUCAUUCCCUCGAGGCUUAUCGUUGAUGCUUCGCUCUAUCGGAAAAUGGAUUUAUGAUAUGGAUCCUUUUGAGCCAUUAAAAUAUGAGAAGCCUCUAACUGCCUUAAAGGCAAGGAUAGCUGAAGAAGGUCCCAAAGCUGUUUUCUGCCCAUUAAUAGAGAAAUUUAUCAUAAACAAUCCUCAUCUUGUUACUGUCGAAAUGCAGCCUGAUGCGAAAAAGGCUUCUCUAGAUGAAGCAGCUGAGAAAGAAAUUCUGGAAAAAGUUAAAGCUGGUAUGACAGAAGAAGAUCUUGCAGAACUAGCACGUGCCACACAGGAGCUCCGACUUAAGCAAGAAACUCCAGACCCACCAGAAGCUUUGAAAAGUGUACCAAGCCUCUCUCUUAAGGAUAUUCCCAGACAGCCUAUGCAUAUACCUAUAGAGAUUGGGGAGAUAGAUGGAGUAAAAGUAUUGAAGCACGACUUAUUCACAAAUGACGUUCUUUACACUGAGAUUGUAUUCGAUAUGAGUUCCUUGAAGCAAGAACAACUUCAGUUGGUCCCAUUGUUUUGUCAAUCGUUACUAGAGAUGGGCACAAAAGACUUGGAUUUUGUUCAACUCAAUCAGUUAAUUGGAAGGAAGACUGGAGGAAUAUCAGUGUAUCCGUCCACAUCAUCUGUAAGAGGAAAGGUGGAUCCAUGCAGCCAUAUAAUUGUCCGAGGUAAAGCCAUGGCUGGGCGUACUGAAGAUCUAUUUAACUUGGUUAACUGUAUCCUACAAGAUGUUCAAUUCACCGAUCAGCAGCGCUUCAAGCAAUUUGUUUCCCAAAGCAAAGCAAGGAUGGAGAACCGCUUAAGAGGCAGUGGCCAUGGAAUUGCUGCUGCAAGGAUGGAUGCUAAAUUAAAUGUUGCAGGAUGGAUUUCUGAACAGAUGGGUGGUCUUAGUUACUUGGAAUUUCUCAAAUCUCUCGAACAGAGAGUUGACGAAGAUUGGGCCGGCAUUUCUUCAUCUCUGGAAGAAAUACGCAGAUCCUUACUUUCCAAAAAGGGAUGCCUGGUUAACAUGACAGCUGAUGGUAAAAACCUCGCCAACUCAGAAAAGUUUGUAAGCAAGUUUCUCAAUUUGCUUCCAUCCACACCACCUACUGGAAAUACUUGGAGUGCACGUCUCUCUCCUGGAAAUGAGGCCAUCGUGAUUCCUACUCAGGUUAACUAUGUAGGCAAGGCUGCCAAUAUAUAUGAGACUGGUUACCAGCUUAAUGGAAGUGCAUAUGUUAUUUCAAAACACAUUAGUAAUACAUGGUUGUGGGAUCGUGUGAGAGUCAGCGGUGGCGCAUAUGGAGGUUUUUGUAACUUCGAUACUCAUUCAGGAGUAUUUUCUUACCUUUCAUACCGUGAUCCUAACUUGCUAAAGACUCUUGACGUCUAUGAUGGAACCGCCAACUUCCUGAGGGAGUUGGAAAUGGAUGAUGAUACUCUUACGAAGGCCAUCAUUGGGACCAUAGGAGACGUGGACUCCUACCAACUACCUGAUGCUAAAGGUUACACUAGUUUGCAGCGGUACUUACUUGGAAUCACAGAGGAAGAAAGGCAGCAAAGACGUGAACAGAUAUUGUCAACCAGUGUGAGCGACUUUAAAGAGUUCAGCAACGCACUCGAGGCAGUUAAAGACAAAGGAGUUGUGGUUGCGGUGGCAUCUGCUGCUGAUGUUUCUGCAGCAAAUGAGGAGCGACCCAACUUCUUUGAAGUGAACAAUGCUCUUUGAAGAUUAUUCUGAGCCUUCAAUUUUUCAGAAUAAUCUUCCAGAUUUGAGUGCAGAUGUGAUGAAAGAUCCAGGACCCAGUGAACACUUAACGGGCUAAACUGACAAGCCUGCGAAUUGAUUUGACACAGGACGAUUAUCAUCCACGAAUAAGAACUGACACAUUUAGUAGUGGUUUAAAACUUGGGAGCAUCAAUGGUGGUCAAUACAUAAAAGUCUCAACUUCUAUAGAUAUCCAAGGGUUUGCCUUACUGAUUGCAGAUUCUUCCAAUGUUUCAAUAGCUACAUUUGUACUUUAUUCUUACAAUUUUUCUUACAAACUUUACAGCUAUACAAUAUACGCAUCAUUAGAAUUGCUCUCAUCUCGAAAAUACUAGCUUGUUUAUUUGAAAAGAUUAGAAGAAAGAUGAGAUGAAAGUGUUACUAGUAGUACUAGUACCAUAAAUACAACCUAAUUCAA